AUCUGCUUCACUCCAUAAUUCAUUACUCUCACACUUCUCAACACUCUCAUUAAACCAUCUUUCAUUUAUCUAUUCAAAUCGAACCAAAAAUUAAACAAUUCUUCACCUAUACACACAGCUUCUGUGUGUAUAUCUCUGCCUCUGCCGGCGAUUCAAUUACUGUUUUAUCAAUGUGUGCACUGUCUUUCUAGAAUCUUCUAUUGCCGAUCAUGAUUCGCAGCACGGUGAGUCCCGAGAUCGUCUCCUCCAGCGACGACAAUGCCGCCGCCGGCGUGCUUGGGUUCCGAUCAAUUCGCGAUCGCUUCCGCUUUAAACGGAACUCCACCGACAGAGCUAAUACUGUCACCGACCGCAAAACGACGCCGUCUUCGUCGUUGCCGGAUCGGCGCCGAUCUCAUCAGCGAUCCGUGUUGCGGAAGUUCCUCUUGUUUCCGUUCCGGUGCCGGUCUCUGUUGUAUUGCUCUGUUUUGUUUGCGGUGUUCGUAUUUGCGCUGGCGUCGUUGAUGCUGCAGACGUCGAUUAUGACGGUGUUUGGGCAGGGGAAUGAGAGAGGGAGAGCGGUGAGGAGAAGUUUGAAGUUUGGGAGUUCGUUGGAGUUUGUUCCUUGGCGAAUUCAGAAGAGGAUUGAGAUUGCAGGGGGAGUUGAGCGGUUGAGAUAUCAGCCUAGGGUUGUUGUUAGGCCGCCUACUCUUGGGAUUAUCUUAGGACACAUGAAGAGUGAUUCCUCAACGCUGAUGCUGUUUACUGUGUUGAAGAACUUACAAGGACUUGGGUAUAUGUUGAAGAUAUACGCAACUGAGGAUGGUGAAGCACGGCCUAUGUGGGAUAAGAUUGGAAUUCAAGUCUUAGUGUUAGGUCCCCAGAAUUAUGGCCAUAUUGAUUGGACAAGGUUUGAAGGUAUUAUUGUGGAUUCUCUUGAAGCAAACAUUUCAAGCCUUAUGCAGGAGCCCUUUUGCUCUGUGCCACUUGUAUGGAUAGUUCAAGAUGCAACUCUGGCAAAUCGGCUUUCUGUGUAUGAGGAAAAGGGGUGGGAUCAUCUUAUUUCAUACUGGAAGAAUGCCUUUAGUAGAGCUGAUGUAGUUCUGUUUCCAGACUUCUCACUGCCGAUGUUAUAUAGUGUGCUUGAUACCGGAAACUUCUUUGUGAUUCCUGGCGCACCAGUAGAUGUGUGGGCAGCAGAAAGCUAUAGUAGAACACACUCCAAAUCUCAGUUACGCCAGGGCAAAGGAUAUAGUGAAGAAGAUAUGCUGGUUCUAAUUGUUGGAAGUUCAUUUUUCUACAAAGAGCUGUCAUGGGAUUAUGCUGUGUCUAUGCAUACUAUUGGGCCUUUGCUAUCAAAAUAUGCAAGAGUUCAAGAUAACGGAGUUUCAUUUAAGUUUAUAUUCUUGUGUGGAAACUCCAGCGAUGGAUAUAAUGAUGCUUUACAGGACAUUGCUAGUCACAUGGGACUUCGUCCUGGAUCCGUCAGGCACUAUGGGCUAGAUGAUGACGUAAAUGGCCUUUUAUUAAUGGCUGAUAUUGUUCUCUAUGGUUCUUCUCAAGAUGAGCAAGGUUUUCCGCCGCUACUUACACGAGCCAUGUCAUUCGGAAUCCCUGUGGUUGCACCUGAUUAUCCUGUCAUAAAAAAAUAUGUAAAUGAUGGAGUUCAUGCAAUGAUUUUUGCCAAGCAUAAGCCGGAUGCAAUAGUGACAUCUUUCUCCCUUCUAAUAUCAAAUGGGAAACUUUCUAAGUAUGCUCAUGCCGUUGCUUCCUCUGGAAGGUUGGUUGCUAGGAAUAUGCUAGCAUCAGAAUGCAUUAUUAGAUUCGCAAAGCUUUUGGAGAAUGUUCUUGCUUUCCCGUCAGAUACUCGGCUGCCUGAUCAAGUUUCUCAGCUUAAACAGGGCGCCUGGGAGUGGAAUAUGUUUCAAAAGGGAAUAGAAGAAAGUUCUGGCGAGAAAAUAGAUCUAGACUCGAAGAGCGGUUAUACGACAAAUUCUGGUGUUUUGUUCAACCUCGAGGAAGAAAUGACCGGACAUUUUUCUGGAAAGAAUUUUUCUGUUGAUGAAGCUGAUAUUGUAGGUGACGAUGUUCUAAGUCAGUUAGAUUGGGAUAUUUUGACAGAAAUUGAGAACUCUGAAGAAGUUCAGAGACUAGAAUCGGAAGAGAUGGAGGAAAGAUUGGAGAAACAGUAUGGUGUAUGGGAUGAACUGUAUCGUAAUGUUCGUAGAGCGGAAAAGGUGAAGGUCAAUGAAAGGGAUGAAGGUGAGCUAGAAAGAACUGGUCAGCCUGUAUGCAUUUAUGAGAUCUACGAUGGAGUUGGGGCAUGGCCAUUUUUGCACCAUGGUUCUCUGUACCGUGGAUUAAGUCUUUCCACAAGAACUCGAAGAUCGAGAUCAGAUGAUGUGGAUGCAGUUAGCCGGCUUCCCCUCUUGAAUGACACAUUUUAUCGGGAUAUUCUUUGUGAGAUUGGAGGCAUGUUUGCCAUUGCCAAUAGUGUGGAUAAUAUUCAUAGGAGGCCUUGGAUUGGAUAUCAGUCAUGGCGUGCCUCUGCUAUGAAGGCCUCCCUAUCUUCUGAUGCUGAAAAGGCUCUCGAAGAAACAAUAAAAAUGAAUCCUAAGGGAGAUAUCAUAUAUUUUUGGGCACGGAUGGACAUAAAUGAUGGACUUACAGGAAGCAAUGCUAUGCUUACUUUUUGGUCCAUGUGUGAUGCAUUAAAUGGAGGAAACUGCAGAACUGCCUUUGAUGAUGCAUUUCGGCGGAUGUAUGCAUUGCCAUCACAUGUUGAAGCCCUUCCACCUAUGCCAGAAGAUGGUGGGUACUGGUCUGCCUUGCACAGCUGGGUUAUGCCUACCCCUUCAUUUGUGGAGUUCGUAAUGUUUUCCAGGAUGUUUGCUGAUUCACUUGAUAUAUCAAACAAUAUUUCUAGCAAAACCAGCCGAUGUUUUCUGGGGGUCUCAGUGGUUGAGAAAAAGCAUUGCUACUGCCGUGUAUUGGAAAUCUUGGUCAAUGUCUGGGCUUAUCACAGUGGUAGGAUAAUGGCGUACAUCAAUCCAGAAACCGGUUUGUUGGCAGAACAACACCCUGUUGAACAAAGAAAACCAUUUAUGUGGGCAAAGUACUUCAAUGUCACUCUAUUGAAAAGCAUGGACGAAGACCUGGCCGAGGCUGCAGAUGAUGGGGACCAUCCAAGCAAGAUGUGGUUAUGGCCAUUAACAGGGGAAGUUUAUUGGCAAGGUGUAUAUGAAAGAGAGAGGGAAGAAAGAUAUAGAUUAAAGAUGGACAAGAAAAGAAAAACAAAAGAGAAACUUAUAGAGAGAAUGAAAUAUGGUUACAAGCAGAAGUCUCUUGGAGGGUAGGAUUAAAUGAAGCUUGAUUCCUACAAUUCGGGUACAGUUGUGUACACUCGAGAUGACUUGGCAAGUUGACUCUUACUGAUAAACAGGUUGUUCAUUCUUUCUGAUGACAUUGACACACCUAUACUGAUUGGAGUCCUGACAAUAUGUUUCUGAAAGUUGUGGUUAAUACAACGCAUAAUCUGAUUGAACGGAAAUGGAGGGAAAAAUGAGUCAGCUGGCAGUUCCUUGCUAGAUUAUCAUAGCCCUUAUACUACAUUUUUUGAAGCGGCCAGAAAGGAUAGAGUUGAGUGGUGCUCCUUGCAAGGUUUUUUAGUGCCAAAUUUUUUGGUAGAUGCAAUUAACACUUAGAAUUGUAUUCUCAAUCCUGUGUAUAUUACACAAUAAUAGAAUAAUAGAUGCAGCUUUUGGUGACCGUCAUACCGAGAUCUGGGUCUUUUUACAUAUUCUCUACAGAUUUCUUUGCCAAGCAA